GGUCAGGGUGCCUGUUUUCGUAAGCGGCCGCUGCAGUGAUUCGAUGGGGGCUCCAUAUCAUUCUCGGGUGCGGUUGUUUGCAGGACUCGGAGGGGCUGGUUUGUUCCUGUUGUUAAUAGUCCUGUAUAGAGUCGGGUCCGAGUUAGAGGUGUUAAAUCACUGGACUACUUAUUCAUUGUGGCAGAUACAGAAACCACUCUACAAGCUUGAUCUAGAGUGGCCAAAGUUUUCAGAAGAAUUUACUGGUCAAACAUUUUGUGUUGCUGUUGAUCAUCUCCAGGGAUUAGUCUACGUGGGACAGAGAGGUAACGAUGACGUGCCAAAGGUCUCGGUAUACUCUGAGGAAGGCUAUCUUGUACAAACAUGGAAAACAGCCACCAUUGAGAUGCCCCAUGGAAUCUUUGCACUGAGCACCCCCAAUGGAAGCUCUGUGUGGAUUACAGAUAUAGGAAAUGGAAAAUAUGGACACACAGUGAAACAGUACAGCCCUUUAGGUGAACUCCUUCGAGUCAUAGGUACUCCAGGUACAGCAGGUUCGGAUACAGACCCUCUACAGUUUGACCAGCCAGCAGAGGUUUUUGUGGAAUCAACCGGAAACAUUUACAUUGUGGAUGGAGAUGGAGGACUAAAUAACCGCUUGCUCAAAUUGACAGAAGACUUAAAGAUUCUAUGGCUACGUGGAGAAAAUGGUACUGCUCCUACACAGUUCAGGAUUCCACACAGUGUGACUGUGGAUUCGGUUGGGCGGGUCUGGGUGGCAGACAGAGCCAAUUGGAGAAUCCAAGUUUUUGAAAAAAAUACUGGGGAAUGGUUAGGAUCUUGGGAAAACUGCUUCACAGAAGAUGGCCCUUACUCUGUAAGGUUUACUCCUGAUCAGCAAUAUAUAAUUGUGGCCCACCUAAAUGUUAAUAAGAUUUCUAUUUUGGCAGCCCCACCAGUAGGAUUAAUUGGGAAUUGCAUUGUAGUGGACACAAUCCAGCUUGCAAGAGAAGUCAAGCCUCAUCUUCUGGAUGUCAGCUUACGUACUGGAGCCAUAUAUGUGGCAGAAAUUGGAGCUGAACAAGUACAGAAAUAUGUACCUUUGGACUAAUGGAAUCUUUCAGGCCAUACAAGCAAGUGUAGAAUCUCUUAUAUGACACAACCAGAUGGGGUUGGCUGCAAUUCUUAAGACUCCUGUCUCACAGCUGAUUGCUGUGCUGGUUGUGGGGCGGGGGUGUCUCUAGGAGCAGCUGGUUGAGGGAUUUUGCUCUAUUGGAUGGCCUGCUCUCUCCAGUUGUGCAAUACUUGAAAUGAUUAAGGAUGCAUUCUGUGCAUUUAUCUCAGGGACUGGUUUGUCUUUCAGUAUUUUAGCCAAGUUUAAGGACCAUGUUUUAAUUGAUUUUUCAUAUAAAUUAUUUCUCUUGCAAUACAA